GUGGGCUUCCACUUGGAGAAAUGGAGGCAGAAGCCACGAUCCCUUAAGAACAGGAGGACUGUCUGAAAGAGAAGACUUUUGUCAUCAAAAAGUGCUGAAGUCAUGGGAGCUGAAGAGGAAGAAGUUGUCGUCACUCUUUCUGGAGGGGCCCCUUGGGGCUUCCGGCUGCAGGGGGGCUCUGAACAGAAAAGACCCCUCCAAGUGUCAAAGAUCCGCAAGAGAAGCAAAGCUUGCCGGGGAGGCUUGUGGGAAAACGAUGAGCUCGUGUCUAUCAACGGAAAGCCAUGUGCCAACCUCUCCCAUGCCAGUGCCAUGCAAAUCAUCGACUCUUCCAACGGCAUCCUCAACAUUGUGGUUAAAAGGGCAGUCAGCGGAGAUUCCUCUGCUGCGAGACUGCUGCGUUCCCCUUCUCCCAAACAGGCACGAGCGGUCUCACCGGCUUCCCCACUCAGCCAGGCUACUCAGGCACUCAGCCCUGAACCGCCUGCUCCCCCCAUUGCCCCACAGCCUGAGCAACAGUCCCGGCGGCGGCAGCAGCUGGAGAAUCUCACCUCACCUCCAGAUAGUGAAGCGUAUUAUGCCGAGACAGAUAGCGAUGCUGACAAUGUGGCCCAUGAGAAGCACCGGAGGGCUCGCAAAAAAAGUCCCCGUUCCCCACCAGGAGGGCCAAACAAUAAGGCGGGUGAGCCACAGGACGAAGUGUCCCUCUCAGAGAUGAGCGGUUACGAGAGCACUCCGGAGGCUGCGGCCCAAACCAGAGAAGGAGGUGACGGCCUGACUGGAGUGGCCAAGAGAGAGAUUGUGUGUCAGCCAGGCAGCCGCACGGACACCCCUUUCUCCGAGACUGAGGCUUUGGUGGAGCUGCCCCUGCCUGAAGACAGAGAGACUUCCCCGGAGGCCCUGCUCCUGCCGCACGCCACCAAGAUCAUCCGUGCUGAGAGGCACCUCAUCCCCAUGGUGGGGCCUGUAGAGCACCCUGUCGACGAAGACCUGACCACCACCUAUGCCGAAAAAGCCAAGCAAGCCAAGCUUCACCGCAGCGAGAGCAUGCAGGAGAAGAAUGUGAAAGAAGCCAAAACAAAAUGCCGAACCAUCGCAUCCCUGCUGACAGAUGCACCCAACCCUCAUUCCAAGGGAGUCCUGAUGUUCAAAAAGCGUAGGCAGAGGGCCAAGAAGUACACCCUGGUCAGUUUUGGGAGUGUUGACGAAGACCGUUGCUAUGAUGAAGAAGACGGCGUCUUCCCAACCAGUGAGUCUGAGUUUGACGAGGAAGGCUUCUCCGAUGCUAGGAGUUUAACCAAUCACUCUGACUGGGACAACACCUACCUCGAUAUGGAGAAGCCCAAGGAACAGGCUGCACAAGAGCAGCCUCAACAAGGCCUCACUGAUGCCUCAGGCAGGGGGGCACAGUUAUUUGAGCAGCAAAGACAGAAGGCUGGUAGACACACUUUGGAGAACGUCCCUCCCCAAAAGUCAGAGGAACAGCUCCCGCCACCAGUUCUCCUGCUCACCCCCAGCGUGGGGCAUCGUGAAACACUUACUCCACAGAAGGCAGAGAAGGCCCCGCUGAACAUCCAAGUUGAAGCUGUACAAGUCUCCAGCCAACUGCCGUCCCCUAGCCCUGCUCAGCUCCAGUCUCCCACUGCCAUCUUUGGAGGAGGAGGUGGUUCUCAGGUACCUCCAAGUACCACGGGUCUCUUCAACAGAUCUGCCCGGCCCUUCGCUCCUGGUUUCUCAGGGCAGCGGCCUGUGACUUCCUCUGUUGUGUUCAGGCCCUCCGUGCCAAGGAAAAACCACGAGGGCCAAGGUGGACAGAGAACUGCUGUGGCUCCUUUCUCCCCUGCCUCACCAGGGACCUCUGUGCUUCCUUCCACUCCAUCGGCGACGCAGCCUCCCGGCCUGGCAAGCACCUCGGUGUCUCUGUACAUCCCAACCACACCAACUUCUCUGCAAUCAUCAGCAAGCAACUUACGAACUGGAAACUCAGCAGAGGCCAAGCCAUCUUCCAGCACGGCAAGAACCUCCACUGCUUCCAUAUACCUGUCGAAUCCCUCCAGACCAGCUGGAGAUGCGGUCGCUAGUAAGUCUUUGGCACCAUCGUUGUCUUCACAAUUAGCUCAAGGGACAACUUCUUCCUCUCUGAACAUCAGCCCAGUCCCAGCACAGCCCAGCCAGCCUCCAAUCCAGCCAGCCACUGGUGUGGCCCCAGCCACUCCACGGCCUGCUUCUGAGCCUCCCAGCUCCAGGGAGCAGAGGAUUGCCGUGCCAGGCCCCAGAACGGGCAUCUUGCAGGAAGCCCGUCGACGGAGCAGCAAGAAGCCCAUGUUCAAGUCUGUAGAGGAGAAGAAAAAGAAUUCGCCUAACCCAGAGUUGCUCUCUCUAGUGCAGAACCUGGAUGAAAAGCCCAAAGGCGAUCAACACGGGGCCGGCUUUGAGUCUGGGCCAGAGGAAGACUUCCUCAGUCUAGGGGCAGAAGCCUGCAAUUUCAUGCAGUCUUCUGCCCGCAAGUUCAAGACCCCGCCCCCAGUAGCCCCUAAACCCCAGCAAGGAAAAGGCCCCGGUGGACUUGUGAACGGGUCGUCUCCUUCACAUGACAUACCACAUUUGAAGGGGAAAGGGGCAGAGCUUUUUGCCAAGCGACAGAGCCGCAUGGACAAGUAUGUGGUGGAAGCAGCGCCAACACCAGCCCUAAAGCCCCGGACCCCAUCCCCCACUCCUUCCCUGCCUUCCUCUUGGAAGUAUUCCCCAAACAUCCGUGCCCCACCUCCCAUUGCUUAUAACCCACUGCAUUCCCCGUUUUAUCCCUUGGCAGCCAACAAGUCUCAGGCUGCCAAAGCAGAGAGCAAAGUGAAAAAGGCCCCCAGCCAGAAAUCAGGGAUCAAGGCCAUUGAUUUCCUACGGCACCAGCCGUACCAGCUCAAGUCUGCCAUGUUCUGUUUCGGGGAGACACCAGGCUCUGCUGUCCAGACCUCUGCAGCACAGCCAGCCCAACAGUCCAGUCUAUCCUUCACCCCAGCCAAACAAGCACCCAUCAAAACCGCCAGGACCUACGAGAUCCGUCGCUUCUCCACACCUGCCCCCGUGCCCACUUCAGGCAGCUUGGCUCCUACAGUAUUGGCUCCCCGCUCUGCUACCACAUUAGAUGAGCCAAUAUGGAGGGUAGAAAUGACCUCCGCUUCUGCACCUGUUUCUCCCGGGCCCUUCCAGACGGCUCCUGCCCAAUAUCAAAGCUCUCCUGAACUCAACAAGGCAGGCAGAGGGGCGUCGCCAAAUCCACCCUCGUUGCCUUCUGGUUUCCAAGUUGCUAGGCCCAGGUUCUCAGCUGCCCAGACUGGGAUGCAGGCGCAUGUCUGGAGACCAGGCUCUGGUCAUAAAUGAAACCAGGUGUCCCUAUCACAUUCACACAUUGUAUUUUUUUAGGUGUAUACCCAAGAUUUAAGUGUACAUCUAAAAAUGAAAAAUUUAAGCAGAACAAAUGGGUGGUUGAAAUGCUGUAUCAUAGGAUUGGCUGUGGCUCACUGGAGCAUACAUUUUCAGUGAAAUCCUAAGCAAAGUUACUCCAGGCUAAGCCCAUUGAUUUCAGCGGGCUUAGACUGGAGUAACUCUGCUUAGGAUCCCUCUGUUUGUGGCAAACCCAGGUUUGCUUCUGUGUAAUGUGUGAACUGGCCGGAUUCAAAUUCUCCUGAACAAAAUCUUUUCCCUACCUUCCUAAGCUGAAUUUCUGUGAAUCAGGGUAAUUAAUCUAAGGCAAAUGGGGAGGGAAGCGGCUUCCCUUCCAGAAUUCCUCAUUCUCUGGUCCCUCCAUUUUUUUUUACUUGCAACGUUUCCAAGAGAUUUCAUAAAGUAGGGAGAAAAGCAGUGAAAAAUAUAAGCAUACGGCAGAAGCUGAGAGCAACACUCCCCAUGCAGUAAAAUCCAGUGUCACAUGGGCCCAGCUGAGAGCCGAUAACCCUUCAAAAACAAAUAACAGUGAGAUGUAGCCGCUGUGGCUUACACUAGUGGCUUUCAUAUAGUAUACCAAGAGAAUCUGGGGUGUCCUGGAGUUUGUUGUGGGUCCUUGGUGCAGUAAAGUAAUGGAGGGCAAGUGUCCCUGAAGGGCAGCUUGCCCACCACUACUGAAAUGUGCAGCUGAUGGGAGUUUGGGCUGCAUUGGGUGGUGUGGUCUCAGCUCACACUGGCCUUUGAGGCCUACAUUUGUCACAAUAAUGGGAAUGCAGGAGAUAUUUGACACAGGUGUAUCUGCAGGGAGAACGGUGCAGAACCUGCCCUGUACCUGCCAGUUCUCCACUGCAAUGCCUUCCCCGAAGGUCAAUUUUGGAGUUUGGAGGGGGGGAAGAUUAAAAUGGCUAUGGAGAGCAUUUGUUUGGGAGAAUCAGUGUCACCCCUGCAUUGCCUCCAGGUUAUAUCCCUGCCUCCUCCUCAUUAAGUGGCAAAGAUAGUUUCCCACCUCCCAUUGGCCUCAUAAGAUGUAGUUCUCCUGUGGUUUUCCUUAGAUCAUGCCCCAGAAUUAUCUGCAACACACAUGCACAUGCGCUCGCAUGCAUGCGCACACACACAGUCUCCUCAAUGGACAAGACAGACACAACUCCUGAUUUACACAAAUGAUGCACGAAGUAGUAAAUGAUUAAAUGAAAUGGGACAGGAGGCCCAAAUUUCUUCCUUUGCAGGCAGAAUGCUCUGUUCCCUCCCCCCCUCCCCCUUCAUACAAGCAUCACAAAGAUUGCUAGGGCCAAGAAGAAAUGGGAUGCAAGAAUCAGAGGUAGAAAAGACCCCUGAGAGCCCCUGCUUCUCCUCACAGAAAGAAGAAUUCUUUAUUCUACCAUUUCUGGCUUCAAGAGAAGUAUUAACACACGGGGGAUAUUCUAAUACGUCCUCACGUCACAACUAUUUCCCCUUGGGCAGAAGUAGAAAGAACUUUUGUGGAGGAAUCACAGAAGGAGAGACUGGAUUUUGGAGAGCCGUCACACGAAAGGAAGACCAGUCGUGGUCUUGUGGAUUUUGGAAUGUUGGGAACGGCACGGAUCCCUCGCUGGAGUCGGACAUUGUUAAAGGGAGGGAGGAAUGUCUGAACGUUCAUGGUUUGUGCAACAGGAUUUGCAAUCCUACCCUGGCUCCUUGGUACAACAUAUGACAAUGGGCCCUACUGACCACCCGUAGCAGUACAGGGCCCCCUUCCCCUAGAGCAGAAGGGAGCAGCAUAGGCCAAGUAUUUCACAUCCAUGCAUGGCUGGAGUAUCGGGGCUGGGAAGAUAAAGAGUUCGAUGCGAGUUUCUCGAAGGACCAUUGUGGACAUGUGUGGAGUUUCCUUUCAUCCUUGGAAGAAGCUGCUGGCUGUGCAAAAAGAGACGGGAUUAACCCCUGUAAUAUCUUGGCUUUCUGUCAGUAUCAUGUGGUGCCUGAAUGUGGCCUCUCUAUUAGGAGCUUAUAUGCAUUAAGAAUCUGUAAAAUCUCAAGCAAACAAUGCCCCUUUCUCCCCAAUAUUUAUCGAUCAGUUAAAAUACUAUGGUAGGGAGAUUUGUUGAGCAGGGAGCAGUAAAGUCAUCCUGAUACAACGCAGCCUAGCUGGGUUAAGGUUAGGAUUCCCAAGGAAAAAUACAUGUAUGUAUAAUGUAACACUGAUUUGAACAGUGCCUGUGCGUUUGGCCACUCUCCUAUAUCCAGGGAAGCCGGACUCAUGCUUUUCUGAUCAUUUUAUAUCACAGACAAAAGCACAUAUGCCAUCCCAAAUCUAUGUACCGCGUAGGUUACCAAGUCCGGGUUGGGAAAUUCCUGGAGAUUUGUGGGGGUGGAGCCUGAGGUGGAUGAGGGUUGAGGAGGGGAGGGGCCUCCGUGAGAUACAAGGCCAUAGAUUCCACUUUCUAAAGCAGCCCUUUUCUCCUGGGGAACUGCUCUCUUUCACAUCUACACCCCAAGGCUGCCAUUGACUACAGAUGCCCAGAGUGCUGUGGAGCGGCUGGGGGCACCCUUCAUGCCAUGGCACUGACACCCCUCUUGGAAAUGCUCUUGACUGGCAGGAAACAUGCUGAUACCAGAGCUAUAUUUUGGGGUGAGAUGUGAUGGUGUGAACACUAAAACUGGCUGCUGGAACUAGGGGAAACGUGGGGGAGAGGCAAUCCCGUUCUCCCUACUCCACAGUUUCCUCUAGUUUGAAGGCAAGUAGGAUGUUGUGGAGGGGAGAUGACCACAUAGCCAGAAUCUUAAAGAGGAGCCUGAAAAUAAAAGAGAACAGCAGGCUGGAAAAAGCCGAAGGAGGAAUCCAGUCCCAAGGUAUUAACUUACAUUGUGUAAUCCGCUUUGAGUCUCAGUGCGAAAGGCAGACUGGGGGUGGGGGGAGAAGGAAAGAGAGAAUAAGGCACCUUGUACCCUGGAAAAAUUCACAACCUGAACUAGUAAUGCAGGAAAUAAUACUUCAAUGCUUGUACCGGGUGAGAAUCUCUUGGGGUUUCCAUCAUUUUCUCGCAUCUAGACCCAUUUGGAACUCACACCAGAGAACUCUCCAUUGUGUUUCUCAUAGAUUCUCUUGUAAGCCAUUUGUUGUCUAGAACUGGCACUUCUCUGCAAGAAAUGAACAUUUUCCACCUGUAGUUUGCCAGAACACACAUCACUAACCGAAGAGAGGAAUGUGCCCACAACAGCUUCGCUCAAGCAAGGCCAUUAAACUGGAGUAAUUAUAGAACUUGCUCUGUCGUUUCAAAAAAAAUUUUUUUUUUCUUUUGAAGUUAAGUCAUUUUACAACUGCUUGUGCUGAGGAAUAAACGUCUGAAAUGCA